UGCUUCUGCUAUUAACGGUAGAGAUGAUUCAAAUAUAACUUCUUCGCUGUCAGCUGUAUAAAUUAGUCAGGUAUCAUUCUUCUCUAUCAACUGUAUAAACGGCUCAAGUAUCACUUCUUUGCUAUCCACCGUAAGAAUAUGUCAGACAUCACUUCUUCGUUAUUCGCUAUCUAAUAUAUAGAUAUAGAUAGAUAUGCAUAUGAUAUAUAUCUAUAUUUAUCUAUAUAUAUACAUACAUACAUAUGCAUAAAUGCAUGUAUAUUUAUAUAUAAAUAUAUUGAUAUAUAGAUAUAGAUAUAUAUCAGGUAUUAUAUAUUCGAUGUUACAGGAUAAAUAACCCAAUUUAUGUACGAGUGUCUGUGAGUGAGUGAGCACGUAUGUGCGUGAGUGGGUAUAUACGAAUGUGUGUACAAUGAUUGAGCGAGUGUACGUUAGCAAUAGUAUGUAUAUGUGCGUAUGUGUUGAGUGAAUGUUUGUGAGUACGUGUGUGUGAGUGUGCGUGGGUGUAUGGAUAUGCGCUAUGAGAUUUUGUGUGUGGGUGUUUGAGGAGUGUGUGAGUGAGCAAGUGUGAAUGGGUGUUUGCGUGAGUGAUGUGUGGGUUAGAGUGUGUGUGUGAUUGAGCGUGUGUGAGAUUGUGUGUGUAAACGCUGGUGAUAUGUAGGGCGUGUACCUUCUGUGCUCUCUUGGGUGUGUGGGCACUGUGGGGUGCUGUGCGAGACAUUUUGGCCUGAAAAUGAACAAAUCGAUUGCCCCCACGGCUUCGAGUUUUCAGUCUCCGUGGCGUCCCAGCCGUGAUUUGUUUAGGGCCACACCCUUAUUUUCAGGCAUCGACGAUCGAGAGUUAAAUAUAAAUCACGGCUGGGAAACGGGGACUGAAAGCGUAAAAUCAUAGGGACCGUUUUGAACUGGAUGGGGGUCUACAAAUGGGUCAAAUAGCGUCACUGACGUUUUUUGGCGACUGAGUAGUACAUAAAAGAAAGAGUUUUAGGCAAAUGUCUGAUUUGUGAUCUAUCCAGAACAGAACUAGACCUUGGGCGUUUGGAGGGUUAUGUUAAGAGCGAAUGCUAACUGGAACGAUACUGAUACAGACUUGGGCGGUACGUCAGGCAUUGUAGAAUCAUCAAUGGGAAGACAUAAACGUAAGCGAUUUACCCCUAAUCUUAGCGUUUCUGUGCUUGACUCUAGUCAGGCUUGCAGAACUAACACCAACAAUGUAGGUAUAUCCGAGUUAAGCAGAGAUAAUAUUCAAGACGUACACGAGAUCAGCAACAAUGUAGUACCUGAAAUGGCCCCCGGCGAUACAAACACUGUAGCUCAAUUGGAAGAGCAUGUCGACACACAGACAACCAACAUCAUGAGCUCUAGGGUGCAGCUUAAAAGCGACCGGCAGCACUUUUCAAACGCAUGUGACAUCCCAGUAGUCGAAACUCUGAAAGGCCCCCCACCAGUGUGGCCGAGUCCGCAGACCAGAAAGCAUACGACACAGACACAACUAGACCAAGGCAAGAUUAAAAAAAGUAUAACACCCACUGGCACGCGUCUAUUCUUCGGAGCUGAUACCAGUUCCCGCGACGAUUGCACCUCGUGUGGAAGUCGUGAACCACCACAUACCGACGUGCACGGUACAUACUGCUCCGGGUGUGGUCAUAGUCAGACUGCAGCAGCCAGCGGACCUUUAGUGCACUCGUACGAUGAAGUAUCGAGUGGAUGGGGCCAUCACGCCUUUCAUACGGAUAAGCGCAUGGUAUACGGGCAUGUGGCCUGGAAGCAGAGGUGUGAACUUGAUGAGUCGCGCUUUAUCACGGCGAUUAUGAGCUUGCUAGCUUGUACUAAAGAGAGUGGUAGGAAGACUAAUAUUGAGAGGGCUGUUGAUUUUCUGGCGUAUGUCAGAAGGCUGCAGCAGAGUGCCGCAGUAGCUUUUAAAGCGCACACGAACAGUACUAAUUCACCUGCAAUGGAAUUGGAAGGGCAAGGAGUGGAGUCCAACGUAGAUAAUAGUGUAAAUAUGCAGAGGGGAGUUCGUUUCAAAAAAAGACUACAUGUGGACAGGAGAAAGGAAUUCGUGACGGCGUGUGUGUACAUCUCUCUGUUGAACGAUCAGAAGCCGGUGACUAUGCAGAUGAUUACUAUCGCCUCGGGUCUACCUCUGCACAAAGUUGGAGCCGCAUAUAAACGGGUGUUACAGUUAUUCAAAUCAACAUCGUCUACACGUCCAGGCGCAGGAACCCCUACACUCCACUUGAAGGCUGGGGAACGAAGUUCUGGCCGAGAUAGCUCGGGAGGUAACGAGACGCAACGUGAUGAAACUGUAAGAUCUGAUCACAGUGAGAUGUCUGAAGCUAUCGGCGUAUCGCAGACUAGCGAUAGUUCAGUCCACGAGCAGAUUGCGAUAGUGGGUUCGGGCGGUGUUGGGAUGUGUGUUCAGAAAGCUCCCAUCGAAAGCCUUGUGGAGGGUCGUAUAAGUGAGCUCCAUCGUAAUCAGGUAUUUUACAAAUUAAGAUUUGAAGGAGGUGACCGAAUUGACGAGGAAGCGUACACGCAUGCGGAAAAAGUAUCCGCACUUUUCCGUAAGAUUGAGCAUAGCGCGAAAAUGUUUAUCGCAUUAGCAAGAGUUAGUGGUGUGAGUGAAAGAAGGCGUGUCAAUAGUGUGCUUACCGUUGCUCUUGCAAUGGCGGUGUACGCGGAAGUACAACGACAAGAGAUCUGUUCGACAGGCAGCAAGUACAGAAGCCUAGAUAUGGAUACGACCGCUUUUCUUGGUGGUUAUACGAGUUCUGAGGUUGAUCAGCGUGCAUGCGGGAAUUUGUCAAAGCUUACCUAUUACCAGGUGCUCGAGCUUGUGAGUGCGGGAUCAGAUGAAAUGGUGGCUUCUAGGAAAAGCAUGGACCAACGGGCACUCAAAAUCACAUCUCGAGAAAUGCACGGCGUUUUACUAAAGUUCAACAACGAGACGGCCGUAGCAGAAUCCGUAUCAGGUGAUGUCGAUUGUGGCAAGAAAACUGCAAGCGCGUGCACGCCGGGCGGGAAUAGUAUCGCAGAAGAAAUAGGGGAGGCAAUGGAUAAGAACAAACACGCAUGUGCAGGUACAAGUGUAGCUAAGAGUGCGACUGAUCUUUUGAGAACCACCAUGGGUGUAUCGCAUAAAGAAGCGACACCAGCUUUGAAGAAAAGUAGGACGGGAAACGCAGCAACCUUUGGGCGGCCACGUGCACUGACCAGCGCCGAAGUGAGGAAGAAAGCAGCUAUGCUUACGGAACGAUAUCUACGCUAUAUGCUGGACCGGUAACACUUGACCCCGUCAUCGUGUUUCGUACCACUGUGCCCAUUUAGUAGUGGUGGAGACCUCGAAAGGUUUACAUUUGUACUUUGCCUCGGUGUAGCCCGGGGCCAUGCAGGUGAUGUGCUUGUCCAGAUGUUGAAGUUCCACACGAAUCACUGGUAUAAGCUGCUUGGGUGUAUUCUGUACGGGGUAUCGUACCAAGAAAAAAGUUAAGCGAGUAUUAUAUGCUCGCCAUUACAUAUAGUAGUCUUAUUGAAUCAGGCCUUAUAAAAGAAGUCCUAUGGUUUGAGAGUGUUGAAUCAACAAUUAUAUUUUUUUAAUCCAUACCAUCUUUCCUCAUCGAUCUCAGAGUUUGGGUACUAUAGAAGUUGUUCUGCGUGAACCACUCCGAUCUAUAUUUUAAAUAUAUGAACAUUUGAGUGUGAGCGAAUAUUAAAGUUUAUGCUGAG